AGGGCACGUUCUAUUAACUUAGCUUUUAAUAACACGUGUCGCAACACGGUAUUUACAAAACGCCAUCGAGCGUAAUGACUUCAUUCUUACGCGUGCGCGGAAAUGUUGGUCGCAUUCGACAACCCCGCGCUUCUUGAUCUAUGGUGAAACCUGCAGUUCGGCCGCGGCGUCGGCGGCUUUCCCCGAAAUUUUGUGAAAGUUGUGCUGUGUGUGCAAGCAAGUGGUGUCGCAGUUCUCAAGGCGUCUGGAAAUGGAGCUUCACCGGCUGCCCGCCGAUGUAGUGAGCAAGCUGCGGUCGGGAGUAGCGAUCGUGAGUGUCGCGCACUGUAUGGAGGAACUUGUCCUAAACGCCUUGGACGCCGGCGCAACGUGCAUCGCUGUUCGUUUGAACAUGCCUUAUUAUAAAGUUCAAGUUGUGGAUAACGGCCAUGGCAUUCCGAAGGAGCAGCUCCAAAACUGUGGGGAAAGGUACUGUACCAGUAAAUGUCGUACACUCAGUGAUUUGGAGCAUCCGAAGUUUUACGGGUAUCGUGGCGAAGCCAUAUCAAGCAUUGUGGGAAUGUCGGGAAUAGUUCAGAUUGAAUCUAGGUCGCGCAAUAGUACUGAUUCUUGGUGCAAGACGUUUGCCCAAGGCAAACAACGAGAACUUGCACCAUCCGCCACUGACAGGCCAAGUGUCGGCACAACAGUGACAGUUUUGGAUUUCAUGUACAACCUUCCAGUUAGAAGACGUUGCCUCUCGGAAGCAAUCGACUUUGAAUUCUGCCUUCAACACCUCGAAGGCAUCGCACUGAGCCAUCCAGAAGUAUCGUUCACCUUGCGCAAUGAUGUUACUGGAAGAAAACACUUUCAGACGCACAAAACCAAUUCUGUGCUUGAUAUCUUUGCUCAAUUGUUUGGAGCAGAAAGGGCAGCAACUCUGAAGCACACUGUCAUCAAGAAAAAGCAUUUCACUGUGGAGGCGUACAUCAGUCUUGAAGGGCACACUUCAAAACAGCUGCAGUUCGUGUACCUCAACAAGCGCCUUUUGCGUAAAACCCGCAUCCACAAACUUUUCCAUAAUGUCAUCAAGAAGUAUCUACUUGGAUUUCACACAAAGUCAGUAGCCCUUUCUGGAAGUCCAAGCAAACUAAAAAACAAGCAACCUGUGUUUGUCAUCUUCAUUGUCUGUACCUCCAGGACCUUUGAUGUCACAUACGAACCACAGAAGACUUUUGUUGAGUUCACCGAUUGGGACAAAAUAACAAAGUUGUUUGAACAAUUACUCAACGACUUCCUACAUAAGCAUGGGAUCAUAAGCCACAACUUUGUCAUUAAUGGGGAGCUGGCAUUCUCACAGAAAACGCCACCAGAAUGUGAACCAACAACCCUGAGAACUGAUCUUAACAUAAAUGUUGAAGAUGUGCCAAAUGCACUAGUUUCAAUGAAGGUAUGCAGGAAGGAACCACACAUUGUAGCAGAACCUGAUGAAGAGAAAAGUGACACAUUAGAAGACAUUACCACUUCUCCGGUGCACUUACUCAGUGAAGAACGCUUACAGCAUGCUGAAAGGCCACUAGUGCCCAGCUCAAACGUUAAGUCUUACACCUACAAAAGCAGGGACGCUGGUGCUCAUCGUCCCAAAGCUGUGAUUGCCCUGCCACCAUCUUUCUCGGCUGUCUCAAAUGCGAGGCCAUUACUUUGUAUGCCAGAAAAUGAGACACUCUUUGACAUUGGGAAACGAAUAAGCUGUGCAAAGCGAGGCCAUUCUAGAUCGGCCCAUUCUGUACAAACAUGUGGUAGAGUAAAGCAGUGUGAUGUUACCAAAAAUUUUUCUGCUUGGAGGCAUAGGCCUGCUCAUCAUCACCAGAAUGAACCAAAAGAGAUUGAUCCUGCAGUUGCACAGCUAUCAUGCACGGUAGACAAGCUCACUCAAAAGAAGACCAACUGCCAUAAUACAGUGCAAUUCUUGGCUGCAGAGCCUACCUCAUGUAUUGUAAGUGCUGAAGAUGCACCUGUAUGUGUGAAAAAGAAGAGAGAACUAGCUGCAACACAUUCAAACUCGAGUGAUGAAUUGCUCAGCAAGAAACUUCCGUGCACGUCUUUGCACACAGUGGGUCAUCAUUACAAUCAUCCAAAAAAGGUGGAUGCAGCAUUUUGUCAGCAAAUAGAUGUAGUGCACAAGCCUUCUCGUCAAGAAAACAAUUGCCAUGAAGAAAUAAUCUCCUCUACUCCGGAAUCACACAUUGAAAGUGCCCAAGUAGCCACAUGCACAAAAGCAAGGCAACUAGCUGUGAAACAUUUGCAGUUGACUGAAGAAGUGUACAAUAGAAACAUGCAAUGCAAGGAUCAAUUAAGUGAAGUGAACAAUGUUUGGCACGCUUCUGACGAUUUGUUGCCCGACCCUUUAGGCAUGCCACAAGGUCACCAAGAUUAUACAUUUUUGCAAAGCCAAACACGUUUCACCAGGCCAACGCCUUUGGCCACAAAGCUGCGUCGAAGAAUGAAAGCCCACAUUCCCACAAAUGAGCACGCGAGUGCGACAUCUGCACUUUUUGCUGCUUCUAACACUCCGUCAUGCCAGGCAGUAGCUUAUCCUCAUGCAACAAGCGAGUCGUUCAUUAAGAUAGCAGAUUUCAGAUGCCUCUGUCUUCAAGCACAACAGCUCUGCCCUGUGCAUGGCGCAGAAAUCAUACUGAGCAAAGUGCCUAGGUUAAGCCUGCCCACAUUUCCAGUUGAUGAGAAAGAUGCACUGGAUGAGUCAAUAGGAUCAGUGGGCCAAACACAGAAGUUCAAACCAGUGGUUACAUUGUCACAGCCUUUCGCUUGCUCAGAUCAACUCGAAUGUUACGCUAGUCAGAGCCAGACCGAGGAAACAAGCACAACGAUUGUACAAGAUACGCAGCCUUUCGUGCCACAGUCAAAAAUGACCUGUAGCCCUGCUACCUUGAAAAUUAGAGAAACAGCCUCUACAACCGGCUCUUCCAUAGAAAUUGAUUGCAAUAGCUCCGAUGAGGAACGAGAGCCAUUUAAAUUGAAUAAAUGCGAGUCCACAUUUUCCUCUCCAGCAACACCAUUAAGCAUUAACCAUGGCAGUUCAGAAGAUGGCCCUGAACCUGCUGCCACAAAAAGCUCCUUCGCCCUCACACGACUCAGAUUUAUUCAAAACAACAGCAAACAUUCGGCAAAAUUUCUUGAAGAGGAUGUAACACACAGCUUCUUUUCUAGAAGUACACAAAACAGUACAUCACAUUGUGAAAUCCUUAUGCAGACAUCAAGUGUCACAGACAAAAUGUCUCCUCUUGUGGAAGAUGGAAAUUCAGGGAGCAUAGAAGCUACUGCAGAUGGACUGGGAGGUCUCACACAGCCAUCACCCGACAAGUCGCAAUGCUCAAGUGAAUGCAAAGAACCUGACGCAACUAAUGCCCAAGCCAUGAACCAAGAUCUGGCUAGCCCCAAGCAAGGCACUACUACCAUUCCGGCAGGCCAGCUUGCUGUCAUCACCAACAAAGAGAGCAGUGCAGAUAUAUCUACACUUGAGAUGUAUCCUGGGAACUGGGCAGCAUGUAUGGAUCCAACAUCUGGUGAGAAAGUGUUUAUCAACAUGGCAUCUGGAAACUCUUCUUUCACCUUGCCAUCGAUUUGCCUCGAGUCAGAAGACCCUGCGCCCAUUGAAGCUCUCGACACAGCACAACAAAGAAAUCCUUCCCUGGCUCCUGCUCCCUUCGUACCGCAGUUUCAACCUAGGCCCCAAGAUGAACGGUCACACUUUGGAUGUCCACCAGACGAUGAGCAAGCGGAUGUAGCGAACAUGGUCCGUGUCUGGAACAACCCAGCCCUCUCCUGCAGCACCAUGGGCCAAGGCACCGCAGAUGGUGGGCUGUUCUCGAAGGGCUCUGGGCCAUCCUACAGGAUUACAGAAUCCUACAAGUUCAGGAAGGAGAUGCUCACUUAUGUUCAGGUAAUAGGUCAGGUGGAUGCAAAGUUCAUCGCCUGCCUCAUGCCUUUGUCUAAAAACAAGAUUCAAGAGGAAAGUCUGAUUGUGCUGUUUGACCAACAUGCUGCACACGAGAGAGUUCGACUGGAGUGGCUUUUAGAGAAUCAGUACGAGUUGAAAGGGCAGGCACGGUGUGUUCGAUCCUUGUCAUUGAGCUCGGAGCUGAUGGUUGCCUUGGAACCAGACUCUCUUCGACGGGCGACCAUUUGUGAAAGAGAGAUGCGCAAGCUUGGCAUCCACUACACUGUUCACGACCACGGCGUGUCGUUCAAGCGUCUUCCCGUGUGUCUCCUGGAAAAGGACGAGAGUGAGCAGCGAGCUGGGCGGCCGUCAACUCUUGCGUCUCGUAUGGAGGAGCUACUCAGGGAUCAUACGGAAACACUGUUGGGCACAAGGCACAGUGCUAUAACCUUGCCGAAAUUUCUGAUGGAUGUUCUCAGCUCCCAGGCCUGCCAUGGUGCCAUCAAGUUUGGCAGUUUCCUGGAAAAGUCUGAGUGCAACAGCAUUCUGAAAGCCCUGUCGAAGUGCUCACUGCCUUUCCAGUGUGCACAUGGAAGGCCAUCUCUCAUGCCAAUUGUAGACUUGCGCUUCUUGCCAUCUGAGAAGGAAUGCUGGAAGCCUAACUUGGCUGCAUUGCUUUCAAGACUGAAGAAUGACGUCGACAAUCCUGAGAUGAUGGUAGUAAACACUGAUGAAAGAGAUGUUUGUUAAAAUAUGGCAAAGGGCAGUUAUAAAUCAACUGCACACACUGUGAACAUGGCAAUGAUGCAUUUCAAAUAAAAUCUCUAUGAAUGCUAGA